AUGUUACGGGAACUAGAAGCCUUCAGUAGUGGCAUCCAAAAUCCCGCACCGCACCAAAUCCCUUCCCAAUGAGUCAACCACAAACGCGCCUUCAAGAACCAGAAGUACGGCCAUGGGGGUCAGAAGAAGCGUUCUAAACGCAACGAUUCGGAGUCCACUCGUUCGAUGGACCAGGGGGUGCGUGUCCUCACGCACAAGGCCUCGGCUUCGCGGGUCAAAAAGCUGAAUAAGUCUAUGCAGAAGACGAAGAAGAAGUUCACUCAGAAGCAGAAGAAGAAGCUGUCGAAACUUUGA